AUGAAAAAAGCCAUUCAAAGGAAUGUUAAACUCGACGAGAACUUCUCAGUCAUUGAGCGACAACUAGACAAAGAGAAACUGAUGACUUUAAACCAGCUAUCGGAGAGGAAAAGAGAAUUCAUCAGAGAAAGGGCAAAAAGAAGACUAAGCUUGCCAAAUAUUGAGACGACAGGAACUCGUUCAGUGAGUUUUGGGCGGCAGAAAGCCCCUUCAACUGACGAGGGCAAGGACGCCCCUAUUUGGCGUCAAUUUUCUGACAGGCUAAAUUUUCAUCCAAGAUCCUUGAGUCCAAGCAACAAACAGGACCCUGAACUCAUCAGUGUGUCUUCCCUGGGCUCAGUUAAGAAAAAGAGCCAUUCAGAUAAAUUUUCCAAUGAUAUUUAUGAUACUCCUUUCACAGAUGAGAACAACGUUUGUAGACUUCCGCGUCUGACAGAUGAGGGAGAAAACGAAAACGUGCGAGCUCAACUGCAAAGUUUCAAGCCUAGAAGGAUCUCUAUUGCAGCAACUUCGCCAUCGCUUCAUAUUUCAAGAAGACUUGGGCGAAGAGCAACAUUACCCACUUUAUAA